AUGCCGCUGGAUCCCCCCUUCGACCACGAUGACCAUCAGGGCGCUUCCUCCGACGACUCCGACUUUGCCCCCGACGACGCCCCGGAGCAGGCAGAGUCGGCAUCCGAGUCGGACCCAGAGGUAGCCGGUUCCGUCACCAAAAAACGGCGACAAGACCACGAGGCAGACCGAGGAUACGACAACUCUGGCGACGAGGCCAUCAUACAAAAGGGUCGCAAGCGCCGCAAAAGGGCAAACAACAGGGGCGAGGCCUUUGACGACGCCAACAAUGGCGGCGAGGGCGGCUUAGUUAAGACAAGGAGACAGCGCGCCGAAGAAAAGGCAGAGCGCACUCCUGCCGCGAGCAAAGGACCGGUGACGGUCGACGUGGAUGCGCUCUGGGAGCAAAUGAUUUCAGGGAAACCAGUCCACUCCAACACCGGCGACGACGACUCAAACCAUGUCAAUGACUCCAUCGGGCUCGCAGACGAUGCGCUAGUCGGCCAGCCGCUCCCCCCCUCCGUCGGCACCGACGACACAUCAAACACAAUUCGCAUCAAGCGCACCUACAACUUUGCCGGCCGCGUCCACACAGAGGAAAAGGUCGUCGCCCGAGACUCGGCCGAGGCCAGACUCUACCUCGCGACGCAGGACAAGGACGGCCCCGCGAGCACUUCGCCCGCGAAAAGGGCGACCAAGAAGGCCUUCCGGUCGGCCUUUGAGCCCGUCGUCGACGCCGGCCCGGGGCGCACAGAUCUCAACCUUGGGGUGACGGCGAGGAUGAUGGCUGCCAGGGAGGCCCAGGCCAAGAAGCUCAACACGGUGGAGAAGAGCCGGAUGGACUGGGCCGGAUACGUGGACAAGGAGGGCAUCAAGGACGAGCUGGAGCUGGCCAGCAAGUCCAAGGGGUCCUACAACGCGCGCCAGGAUUUCCUGGCGAGGAGCGAGGCCCUACGCGACGACGAGGCCAGGAGGGCGCGCAUGGCUGCACGGGCGUGA